AUGGGCAAGUCAAAGAAGGCGGUGCUCCAUGACGCAGGCGGCAAGAAGAUCUUGCACCCCGCAGAAGCGGAUAGGAAGAAGGCCAAGCAGCGACUGCGCGAGAACCGCGCGAAGAAUCGCAAGAAGCGGUUUGAAGCAAAGAUGCUUGAGAAAGACACCUCCCUGGUUCAGGCGGAGAUCACGGAGUUCAAGGAGCUGGAGAAGAAAGGAAAGCUGACGAAGUGGAAGAAGGACAAGAUGGAACGCGAAGUCGCUACCUUCGGCCGGCUGAAGGAUCAGGUGGAGCAGAACACGCAGAAGCGGUUCGAAGACAACUUAGGAGACCAGUUCUACGUGGACUUCGACGAGCUCAAAGUCCAUCGAAAAGCGUCGAUCUUCUACGAUCCGGUCAAAAACCCCUAUGGCGCGCCGCCGCAGGGCCAAGUGCUGAUGUAUCGACACCCAGACGGCUCCGUCAAGCGGGAGCCUCCUCCCUUAGGGCAUGGUUCGGUCCGUGCCGCGAUGACGGAUGGCCUUGUCCCGGGCCACAGCGAUAUGGUGCUGCCGAACCUUGGGCCACCGGAGGACGAGCCCCAGGACGGCGAGUCUGGAGAGUCCGAGGACGAAGAUGACGACGAGGAGGAUGACGACGAGCCAAUGCUGCCGACGGAACUUCCGGAUGGAACUCCACUUCCCCCGGGGCCGCCAGUCGGCCCGGCACCCAUGGAAGCGCCGCUGCCGCCAGGGCCUCCCCCGGGACCCUCGCUGCCACCGCUGCCACCUGGAGCCCCACCCACGGGGCUGCUGCCGCCAAUGCCUCCAGGGCCACCACCCGGUUGCGGCGGAGGUCUGCUGCCGGGCUUUCCUGGGCCUUCGAGUGGGCCACCAGGGCCACCACCGAUGCCAAAGCUCCCUUGCUUCGGUGGCGGUCUCCCACAGUCGCAGGCAGACUUCGCGCAGCAGAUGAUGAACAUGGGCUUCAUAGCACCUCCGGGGCCUCCAGCGAAGGGCCCUCCGCCGGAGGAGACUCGAGGGGUCAGUGGGACUUCUGAGGCCAUGAUGAAGCAGCGACCACCUGGCCCUCCGAACGCAGGGCUCCAGAAGGUGGCAGGCACACCACCGGGUCCUCCGCCCAAGAACCCGAGCCAGGCUGGUCCGGGUCCUGGACUGCGGCCUCCGGGGCCCCCUCCAAAGGUGAACACGGGAGAGCUUCCGCCGGGUGCAAAGCCACCGCCACCGCCGCCCAAGACAGCUGCAGGUUCCGCCGCACCAGCCACGAAGCCACUCAACGCGGCGACUCGCUUCAUGCCGACUACCCUGCGAACGAAGAAGCCGUCGCAGGUCGCUGGUGGUGUAUUACAGGCCUCUUCGGCAUCGCUGUCGCAGGACGCGCGGAAGAGGCUCUUGUUCACGGAGGCGCCCAAGGUGGCAGAGAAAGUCAACAUCGAAGACGCAUUUCAGGAUUUUAUGGGUCAGCUGGACGACUAG